CAUGCCGACCGAGUCCGGCGGCCACCCGGCGCGCAGGUGGCGUCUCCGAGCGACCGCGCACGCGCGCGCGCCGAUAAAAAAUCGGGGUCAGCGCGUGGACUCGGCCGCUGGGAGGGAUCGGUGAAGAACCGGCGGCACCCUGCCUGCCUGUCGCCCCUGUCGUGUCCGGUUGGCGCCCAAGCGGAAAAGGCAGGAGAAAUACUCUACUCGUCCCCCGGGGAAAGAAACUGCUGCCUCAUCUUCUCCCGUCUCCCUCCUCCGCUGGCCAGGCGGCGGCGUGCGACUCCUCUUCCUUCUCCGGCUCCAGAUCCCGGUUCUCGAGGACCACCAGCCAGCCACGAGCCUCGUGCUCUCUUUGCCCGGUUGUGAAGCUCGCGCGCUCUCGGGGAGAUUGUAAAAGUUCCAUCUUUUAGUUUGUUCGUCUGCCGGAUUUCUUGCUCUCCGUUUCGUGUCAAGGCGCGAUUUUUCCUUCCUGCGUACGGGGGGUUUUCGGUUGGUGCGGUUGGCUCGUCAUUUUCGCGCAACUUCUCUUCGGUCCUUGCGCGACGAGCCACGAGGGCGCCAUCUUUCCAGCGGCCCCCGUUGACUCCGGCGGGCAUUCCGUCGAGCACCUUCCGCGCGGCGCCGGGGUGGCGUGAGGGAUCUGCGGAUGCCUUCAUGGUCCGUUGUGUGAACGGCCGGCGCUUCUUGGUUUCUCGGGAGCGUUCGUUGAUGCCGGUCUCGUCGGGGGAGCAGGUGCCUAGUGGAUGGACUGCAACAGCUGCUACGUUCUGAAAUCAAGAAGGUUCGUUGGCAUAGCAGAUGCCAGUUUCGAGGAUGCUGCAGAUGGCAUCAGCGAAUUCAGUGACACGAUGAGUGCUGCACACAAGCAGAAGGUUAAGGGUGUUGAAGAAACCAUGGAGAUUGCGGAGAAGCAGGAGUUGGCUUGGGAUUCUAAUCUGCUCUCAUUCAAGGAUGAUGAUUUCCUUCUUCCCGGGAACAGUAAGUUGCAUGCGAUGACAUCUGGAGAGACAGUUCUAUCUGGCAAAAUGGGGUUGUCUGAGCCGAGGAUAGACAGGUCUAGAAACGUUGGAACAAGGAAGGCUCCUAGACUUGGCUCUAUGCUUGGGACGGCCAGCAUGGCUGGAUUUGGCAAAGCAGUGGAGAUUUUAGACACAUUAGGAUCCUUGGCGACGACCUUCAGCCCAGAUGGUGGCUUCAUUUCUAGAUCAAAGAACAAAGGGUGCAAGAUAUCAAUUCUUGCUUUUGAGGUUGCCAACACAAUACUUAAAGGUGCCAGUAUUAUGCAAUCUCUCUCCGAAGACACUGUUACUUACUUCAAACAAGUAGUGCUUCCUUCUGAAGGUGUACAGAGUUUGGUUUCCAGUGACAUGAGUGAGUUGAUGCGAAUUGCAGCUAAUGACAAAAGGGAAGAGCUGAAAAUAUUUUCCCAAGAGGUUGUCAGGUUUGGCAACCGUUGCAAAGAUCCCCAGUGGCAUAACCUGGACCGCUAUUUUGUCAAAUUAGAAUCCGAAAGUGCAACCCAGAAGCAACUGAAAGAAACAGCCAUAGCAGAUAUGCAAAAGUUGAUGACUCUUGUUCAACGCACAACUGAUUUGUACCAUGAGCUUCAUGCAUUAGAUAGAUUUGAGCAAGAAUACAACUCUAAGCUAAAGGGAAAGGAUACAGAGAGAUUUGAAAAAGGAGAUAGUAUUCAAAUUGUGAGACUGGAGUUGAAGACCCAAAGGAGUUACGUGAAGAGCUUGAAGAAAAGAUCUCUCUGGUCCAAGAUGUUGGAAGAAGUGGUCGAGAAGCUUGUAGAAAUUGUGCACUACUUACAUAUUGAGAUCAAAAAUACUUUUGGAUCUUCUGAUGGAUUUGCUUUGAGCGCUGAAUCAACUGUGAGCUGUCAAAGGCUAGGACCCGCCGGACUGGCACUGCAUUAUGCAAACAUUAUCAUUCAGAUAUAUAGCAUUGUCUCUCGAUCAGGUUACGUACCAUCAAACACAAGAGAGGCCCUCUACCAGGGGCUGCCACCGAGGGUCAGAUCGGCUCUACCAAAUAGAUUAAAAACUUCCUCAGUGCCUCAGGAGCUCACCAUUGAUGAUAUAAGGGUUCGCAUGGAGAAAUCAUUGAAAUGGCUUGUUCCUAUGGCAGUCAAUACCACCUGUGCCCGAGGCUUCUUGAGGUUUAGUGAAUGGGCGAAAUCGGGGACCGACAGGGUUGGGAGACGACCAGGUCAAGCAGAUCCGAUCGAGACGCUUUACCAUGCCGACAAGGCAAGGACCGAGGAUCACAUCUUGGAUUUAGUCGUUUGGCUUCACCACCUUGUCAACCAGAGUAACCGGCCCGCAAUGCAAAAGUCCACUGACCAGCCUUUACAUCUAACCAAAAGUGUGCAAUGAUCAUGUCUGUUAUCUGAAAAUGCUAAUUUUCAGAGUGGUCAGCAACUUCACCAAGAUCUUGUGAUCCAGUUCGUCGGUUGAUUUCAUCGUUGAUAGGUUGUAGAUGGGAUCUAGAGUUGUUCUUGCCAUGGAGGACGUGCGUUUUUCUAUGUCCAGAUACAAUCGGGCAUGCUUAUAUAUGCUCUGUACAUCAGCUGAGUAGGUCUAUUAUAAGAAUAGCUUUGUUAUAA